GGUUGCGUCAAGAACAGAAGGUGUUGAAAAAGAUUCAGGAGGCGAACCUCAGGGCCCAGACCUGCACUGACAAAAUUAUCAACUUCAAGGUCAGGAAGAUCGCUGAACGAGCUAGAGAGACCAUGCAAGCACAGGAAAUUUAUGAAAAAAUGAAAGAGAAGGAGGCCCAACUCAAGAAAAUAGAGAAGGAGCGUAGACAAACCUCCGAAGAGAUUAAAAGAAGAUAUGAUGACAAAAUAAAUAAGCAACAACUUCAGGAGAGAAGAGAGAUCAAAGAGCUCAAAUAAGUCUAAAGAAGAUAUGGCUAAGCUAGUUCGAGAAAGAGAAGAGGAACAGAAAGAAUUUGAAAAGAAAAUGAGCAAAAAACUUCCCCCAAAUUCCAGAUAUUUCGAUGUCCGGUCUAAUCUUUCACAAUCUACCUUCCGAGCAGCUAGCAAGCGGCUAAAAUCUGUACCAAGUGUUCAUCAAAAGUCUCUAAAAACUCUUUAUAACAACCAAAAGAAGCUUCUCAGUGACGAAGAGAAGGAGGAAUAUUUCAAGAACUUAAAAAUGCAACAAUCCAAGGCUGAAAAGAUAAAGAGCUCGCUCCAAAACGCCAAAAUUGAGCAUUUAAAGUCAAAAUAACACAGAGAUUGAGAAGCAUCGGGACAACAAAUUUAAGCGUGAGAAGCUAAUCCAAAAAUGCAAGGAACGAAACUUACAGCACAAAUUUGAGUUGCUUCAGAAAGCUGAAGAGAAGUUCACCCAAAAUAUGCUAAUGAAGAAGGAAAAGAUUGCACAUAAGCAGCCUUUAUUGGUCAAUUACACUGAAGCAUGGGAAGAGAAGAAAAAUGAGCUUUUAAGGAAAGACCAAAUCAGAGCUUUACAGGUCAAAGAAACCCAAAAGUCUAAAAAGGUUGAACUAAAGCAUCAUAGGAAGGUAAAUCAGGUCAAAUAAGGAAAUUUUUGAGAAGAACAGAGCUCAAAUAGAGAAAGAGAGAGAGAAACAGCUUAAUAAGCUACGCAAGAAACAUACCAUUGAAGAUCAGAGUUAUAGGAAUUAUUUACAGCUGAAGUAUGAUAUGGUAAGCAAACGGUCCCUCCAAGCUAAAGAGGAGAGUAAAUAAACUACACAUGCUCAGGAAGGUCGAGCAUGACAUGGAUGUGUACAACGCUUGGGAUAAAGUUACAGUUAAGUCUUUGAACCGUAUUCAACAGGCUGGAGAUACCGGACAUUUAAAUCUUUCUAAGUCUGAUCCUAAGAAAAAGAACCAAAUUAAGCAUCAGGAAUCACCGAAAGUUGAAAAUUCUAUGACGAAAGAAAAAAACUCUCCCAAUAAAAUUUUUUCAACUGAGAAAUAUGAGGAAGAAUUGAUAGAACAAGAAGAGAUUAAAGGACCUGAGCACCAGCUUAAACAACAAAAAAUUGAGAAACCUGAACAGUCAGAGCUCGUUCUUGAGCAAAGUCCCAAACAAUUAUCACCAUUUGAGUUAGUAGAAGAUCCAUCAUGAGAGGUAAAUGACGAUCAGGCUAACCAUAAGGGAUCUCCUAGCAAUGAUUUAAACGAGGAACAACAAAUGAGCCCUCAAAAGAGUCUUGGUUAUUCUGAUGAAGACUUUGUAGCCUCUUCUCCCUUAUCAAAUUCUCCCCUCAAUAUUCAAAUGGUAGACGAAAUUACAGAAGAAAGUCAAAGCCAUUCUAAUACUCAAACCGAAGAAACUGUGCAGAAGGAUGAUUCAGACGACGGUUAUGAAGAAGAUGACUUUGAGAUUGAUAGCGAACAUAACGACUCUUCAUACGAAAAAGUUUAUUAACUCCCCAA